AUGUCCUCCGCCCAAGUCAGCCGCACCCCAACGCUCACAAAUGAUUGCCCGCCCGCAAAAGAAAAGCCCCCAACGUCCUCCCCGUCUUCGUCGUCCAUCGUCAUCAACGGUCGCAUCGAACUCCCACAUCCAGACUCUGACAACACAAAAACUGAAGCGCGGCGUGACAGCGAAAUCGCCACAGACGGCGAGGUCGAAGGAGCGCUGUACGCAUCCCUCUCGCCGCGCCGCAAGCUCGUAUUGCUGGGGGUCUUCUGCUCGGCCCAGUUCUUCGACGUGUUCAACGCAAGCGCUGUCCUCGUCUCGUUGCCCUCGCUCGGCGCCGACCUGCACUUCGCCCCGGGCGCCCUCCAGUGGAUCCUCUCUGCCUACACUCUGACCUUCGCCUCGUUCAUGCUCGUCGCCGGCACGCUCGCCGACAUCUUCCACCCCAAGCCCAUCUUCUGCCUCGGCUUUGCGUUCGUCGGCGUGUUCAAUAUUCCCGUCGGCGCGAGCGUGCACCCUGUCAUGGCGAUUGUGUUCCGUGCGCUGCAGGGGAUGGGCGCUGCUAUGAACGUCCCGUCCGGGAUCGCGAUGAUACGCACGACGUUUCCCGACCCCAUAGAACGCAGCGUGGCGUACGCAUCAUAUUCGCUCGCAGCGACUGUGGGCAACAUCUCGGGCUUCGUCGUGGGUGGCAUCCUCACCGCGCGCACUUCAUGGCGUUGGGUCCACUACCUUUGUGCGAUCAUGGUUAUCCCAAUGUCUGUCGCAGCGUGGUUCCUGCUGCCCGCGCACACAACGCCCCCAAAGUCUGAGCGGCGCAGCGUCGACAUUCCCGGGGUCCUGACGCUCACAGCCGGGCUCAUCCUUUUCGUGUACGCCAUCUCAGACGCCGUCGAUGCAGGCUGGGCCUCCCCGCAAGUCAUCGCCACGCUCAUCCUGUCCGUGAUUGCGUUUAUCGCCUUCUUCAUUAUCGAGAGCAUCGUGGCGCACCCCGCGCUGCCGCCGCGGACGUGGCGGAACAAGAACUUCACCCCGCUCUUCUUCUACGCGCUCAGCCCGUACUGGUGGUGUCUCGGCUGCGAGCUCCAGCUCGUCAGCAUCUUCUUAAACCUCUGGCACGACUCGCCCCUCAUCGCCGCGCUCCGCUGCCUGCCCAUCGGCGUCGCGGGUGGCGUCGCGUCCUACCUCAUCGGGCGCGUCCUCCCGUACCUCCCCGCGAAAUGGGUCCUCGUCGCCGCGCAGCUGCUCACCGCCACGGGCUCCGCCCUGUUUGCGCUGGCGGGCACGCGGGAGCGGUAUUGGGCGUUUGUGUUUCCGGGGAUGGUGGUGGGGAUGCUCGGGCUGGCGAGUGCGUAUGUGGGGUGCACGACGGCGGUUAUGGGCGACGCGCGGAAGGGAGAGGAGGGCGUAGUGGGCGCUGUGAUGUAUACGGCGUACCAGGUCGGCUCGACGAUUGGUGUCGCUAUUUUGACGUCGAUCACGGAGGGCAUCAACUCCCGCCAGCCCAAUGAUCCGAUAUCCCAGUUCAGAGGCUACGCGGCGUCGUUCUGGUCCACGCUCGCCCUCUCUGGCAUCAUGUUCAUCAUUGCGCUGGUAUUCGUACGGCGCUAG